AUGGAUGUUGAGGCAAUUAUGCGUGUCUACACAGAGCUGCAAAAUGCUAUUCUCGACCUUCAAAAGGAGAUAGAGCUUAUUCCAGAAGGAAACGAUGAGUGGAAUAUUGUUAACAGCAUCAUUAGCGCCAUUAAGGAGACCUCCACGACACUUGUAGAUAUCGAUGAGAGCGGAGGCAGUGAGCUUGAAGAAGAUCAACAGAAGGCCCCUGAACACGAUAUUGUCAAAGAACCAAUGGUAGGCACUGCAGUGACCGAUACUGGGAAAGCGGAGAAGAUGCGAAAACGGCUGGAAUCGAUGCUACGAAAGCGUAAAAAGCCACGCCUCCAAACUGCUAGACUUCACGUCCCCUCAAUCACCUCUGAAUCCAACUCUUCGGAGUCCGACAACGAAGGUUUCGAAUUCCGCGUCGAGCCUCUUCCACGACGCAAAGUGGUCAAACACACCACCCUGGAAAGCUACUCCGAGGAAGAGGAGGAGAAGCUAAGAGAAUUUGGUGCCACCGAGGAGCGCUUCAAAAAACCACCUACCAAAGGACGUACUUCUAAAUUAUCUGUAUCACAACGGAAGAGAUCUCUUGUAGUCCCUUCUGUAGAGACUGCUCAUCCGAUCGAAUCAAGAAGACUCACUCUGGAGGAACAAGCAGCCUACGUAGUGGAAGUAGCAAUUGGAAAGAUAGCAAGCAUCGGGCACUCUGGAAGAACAAGUACAGAUCGCCUCUGGAGUGACCUUCAGCCCAAUUCAAAGCUGGUACAGUCGAUACGACGAAAAAGUGGUCGAAUAUCAGCUGGCCUCUUAAAGGACGAUAUAUGGCGACGCCAGAAGACACGAUCUCUUAUUGCGAGGAUGCAACAAAAGUUGAGCCCUCUAGUGUCUGGCGGGGUUGAGGAUGCUACUCCACACGCGCUAAAACCUAACGAAGUCCGUGAAGCCCUGACCAAUCCAGAAUUCGAGGAGAUUGCACAGGAGUUCAAAGCUCUCUACGGCGCACAACUAAUGAAGUCGGGUAGCGACAAUUUGCUUGCAAAGAUCACCCAGCAGAUGGAUACUAUCAGCACAAAGGUUGGUGAAGAGCCAGCACUCGAUAAAAUGAUGAAUCUGCUGAGCAUCUUGAAAUACCAGGACCGAAAGUUCACGGCAGAUGAGAUGCUGACAGAGUACUUUGAGGAAUUGGACCCGGAAGAGUUGAAAUAUAUGGAGGACAUGCUAUCUGUAAUAAGAGAACUGCUACUGACCGAGUUCUCGAUCACUAGCGCAAUGCUUCCAUCACAACGGAUUGCUUGGAUGUCGAUCCCAGGAAACUGGGAAAAUCAUCGGCGGUAUUUGGCUAUCUUGGGCCAAUUGUUACAGCUCCAAGUAGUUCUGCCAGAACUGGCAUCUAUAGUUGUCUCGGCUCUGGUUAUGAAUGUUUUCGACACGAUUGCUAUCUUCAACGCACGCGACAUCAUCAUGAACGAUAUCGAGAAAGUGGUGUAUGGGUACUUGAGGGAUGAGAUUGAAGCUCUUUCAUGGUUCCAUGUUCACAUGCACGAUCGUGACGAGGUCUUGAAGAGCCUGCUCGGUGUAGAGGAUAGUAGUCACACCAUUAAACCUUCGGUUGAUAAGAGCCUAUUGGAUCUAGUGGUAGCGCCGGGCUACACGUACAUCCUUCAGACGGGGGUAGAGAAGGGAUUCGCUGUUUCAAGAGUGGAGGACCAAAUUGAGCGCAUUAGCUCCAUCGAAUAUAUGCUUCACCUGCGGCGCUUGGCUCUUUCGGCAAAGCAUAAACCCCACCUUCCUCCGGUUGAAGUCGUGGCUGAAGAGGUGGAAAAGACAAUAGCCAUUCUGCAAAACGCCACAACGAUUGCAGCCGCCCUAGAGGCUACCGGGACGUAUGAUGCGGCAGAAAGGACAUUUGCAGAUUAUUAUUGUCGAGUGGCCACCGACAAACAGUGCGCCAGAGUAGGCGAGAUCUUCCAGUCUGUGAUUAAUGCCUCCUUCACCCAGCGCAAAGUUGACGUUGAAGAGCUGCUCUUUACACGUGACACUGACAACGAAAUUCUUGGCGACCUGGAGGAAACUACAAACAUUCUGCAUCGACGCUCGCUAUCCCUAUCACCUGAAAAGCAAAAACCCGUCUAUCAACUUUACGCAUUUGGUCGACAAGUGAGCUUUGGCAAUCCUGAGGACGUCACACGUAUUCUGGCGUCCUCACUUGAAGGUGGGCGCUUCUACGCAAGUGAGAGGGCCUCCCCAGCUCAAAGGCAACAAAUGUACACUAUUCAGGGAGCUGAGCAGCAAAACAAAACAGAGGUGCACUUUCCAGGCUUGAAUUACCAGGAGGAGUACAAACAGGAACCUAACAAACACCAUUCGACGGGAGAGGAGGAAAAGUUACCAAGUCUUACACAACAGCCCAGACCACUAACCCUCGUUCACAAGCACACAACACCGUUGGCGUCCUUGUGGCACUUCCACGCAUCAUCAUCAGAAAACUCGGAACUGAAUGGAGAACCAAUGUUGUGCAACUACACUCAACUUUCGGCAUACAGAUACAGCCGAACACCGCACGUGGCCUCACAUAGCUACCCACUCACUAGACAAGAAGUGGAGGCAGUGGAACGAUUCCUGGAGAUAAUGUGCAAAAAGAAGCCGAAGUCUGCAGAGUGGAAGGUGGGCUCAAAGACCGAUACAGCAAACAAAAAGUCUACGAUGCAAAAGAAAUCGAGCGGUUUGGAUCAGGGAGCGAUAAAUGUACUGCUUAAAGAACCUGAAAUGAUGCAUAUUUUGCGACGAAAUCCCGCCACGGUGUUGGAGCAAUUGCGACAACGUCUGAAGCCGGGUGGACUGACCCAAGUGUUGGAUGAGGUGAUGCGAGAAACGGGAGGCAAGAAAUCGAAGAAGAUCUUCCUCCAGGCGCUACAGAAAGCCGUCAUUAUUGAAAAGGAGGCGAAACAACAACUCCUAAAGACAUCGAUUAAGUAA